GUACUAUUACAGUGGCGUACAAGACGACGGAAGACAACAAAAACAUUGGGUGCGUCGCCUGUGAUAGCGUAGACUGUGAAUGUAGGUAAUCACGUGAAGACAUUUCGAUAAUAAUUUGAGAAUGUCGUCCAACUGAAAUAGAAUUUUGCGAAGGCAGUCGUCAAGAAAAUAACAGAAAAUAAGAAAAUAACAUGUCAGGUAGCUAGUUAUACAAGUUCAUUUUGAACAUUUGAUCCGGCUCCCGGUGGCACACAAAACAAUUCAACGACUAAUCAGGUAACGCUAGCUAAAGGUAGCUAGCCCGUUACUAUAUUUUUGUAUUCGGGUGUGCCACAUGCAAUGCGAGGAAAUCAUCACCGACCGGUUCGUGGAAAAGACAGAAAUAUCAUAUCACCUCCAGUUUAACAUUGACAUAAGAAGAGGAUAACCAAAAUGUAAUCAACCCUUUUGUAAGUCAUCAGGACUCGAGACAGGUCCUUGGAGUUGCAGUUCUUGACACAAACCGGUGAACCUGGCACCUAUAAGGGAUCAUAGCUUUCACCUGGAUUCACCUGGUCAGUCUAUGCAAUGGAAAGAGCAGCUGUUUUUAAUGUUUUGUAUACUCAGGAAUCGGAUACAUGGCUAUAAUCAACACUAUCAUUCACUGUGGAUGUCCAUUUUCUCUUCAUAUAUUUACAAUGGACCCACACACAUGAUUGUGUGGAUGACAAUCCAGAAACCAUGAAUGAACAAGACGAGUCUGACCACUCAGGAACCACACACUACCCAGAAUUUCAGCUCCAUAAUGUCUCCGCUACGACGAGCAUCAGACCACGACCAGGUGGGCGAGCUCGGCUCUACUCCGAGUCCCAGGUGUGCUCCCAGGUUGGCAGAAGGGAUGACACAGAGUUUCAGGAUGCAAUAACUCCUACUGAGGAGGGCGGGGGCGAUGGGGCUCCUUUCCGAAGCCGAUCACAGUCUGCUCCUCCUACACUGUGGGCUGCAAAGAAAUAUGGCCGCCAGCUGAGGAGGAUGAGUGAUGAAUUUGACACCUGGCUCGACAAAGGGGAGCCCAAGAGAGGGAUUAGCCCAGGAGGGGUCAAGCAGGAGGUCUCCCGGGGAUGGUUCUCUUUCCUCUGGAGUCCAAACGAGGCCGAAGGCAGGGAGUGAAAAAGUUCACACCUCUUUCAAAGACCCAGCCAAGGCAAGAAGGAGCUCAUACUCAUUUCCAUAACGACUGGACCACAGCUGAAAUAUUCACGUCCCGUGUGCAUACUUUUGUGGAAAUUACAGUAUUUUUAUGGAAAAUAUCACCAGUUCAAAUGUGACCUUUUUGUACAAUCAAAUCAAACGUUAUGUAAAAAUUCACUGCAUAAUUGAAAAUAUGUUGCGAUAAUUAACAAUAAGUUAUUCAGUGCAUAAUAGAUGCAUUUUCUAAGCGACAAUCUCUUGUGCUACUGACAUAUUUAUAACAUAUGUAUAACAAAUAUUUCCAGAGAAAUUUCAUAAAUUGUUCUAUUGAAAAUGUUCUACAUUUGUAGGUAUGAAUUUCAAGACCUAAUAAUCAAUGGUUUGAAGUUCACAAAAUGUAAAUAUACUUUUGAGAUUCUUAAAAUAUGAAUCGUUAGCUAUGCUAGUCUAUUGAAUGCUUUAUUCUGCAAAAACAAAUUCUGACUUCACAUAAGCUCUUAUAACUCUUCAAUUCAGGGUUUUGCCAAAAAUGGCAUGUUUUGACAUUCAACAAUUAUCCUCAUACAUACUUUGACUGAUACACUCAGUUUAUUUUGGUAUUUAUCUUAAACUUAGAGACUGUACAUUUCAUAAUGUUCUUUCAUUUGCAAUCAUCUUUAAUUUAAUCUGUAUAUUUUUUUUCAAUUGUAUAUUAUGCAUACCGAUAUUUAAAACAAAAAUGAAGACAUAAUUACAAUCCAGGCCAUAUACACCCUUCAACUGCCUUAUAAGCAAAUAUUCUGAAUACUGUUAAGUCUUCGGUUGAAGAAAUAUGAGUGUAUAUAGAUAGGGCAGUCUGGUGUAGAACAACUAUGGUCACUGCCUUCAGUUAGAACUGAUAUUCUACUUGAAACUUUCUGUGUCUUAACAUUUUGAUAUUUCUCCUUUUCAUUAAUAACUGUUAACUGUUUUUACAUCUUUUUAUGUUAUGUAACAGAUGAAAUGUUUGAAUUUCUUAUUAAAACUAGUGCUGCACCGAUAUAACAUUUUUGGCUGAUACCAAUAUCCAAUAUUUUCCUUGCCAAAAAAACAGAUUUUUUUUGGGAGUCCUUUUAAGCAUUUCUUGUACAGUUAAAUAGUUAACACACACAAGGAUGCAGCGGUCUAAGGCACUGCAUCUCAGUGCAAGAAGUGUCACUACAGUCCCUUGCUGUGCUGUUUUGUUGUCCAUUUGUUCAGCCGUUUCAUUCUCAACCAGGAUUUCUAUGGAACGCCGUUUGGGUCUUUGUGUGUCAAAAAAUAUACUAUUUAACACUAUUUGAAAUGUCAAAUAAACUUGUUGACCAAUCAGGA